GGUAUACGCGAAGGCGAUGAGCUAAUGGAAAUAAACGGUAAAAGACUCGACGGAGUGGCAAGUGAAGCAGCUGCACAAAAGCUCAGGGGACAUGUCGGAACAACUGUUACAGUAAAAGUUCACACUGUUGAUGACUUCAGGAGUUCUUAUAUCAGAGAGGUUAAUAUACCCCGUGAAGUAAUCAAGCUUUCGCCGAUAUCGAGUGCUAUAAUUCCUCACAAAUUGCCAGACGGACAUUUAUCGAAGACGGGAUGUGUGAAAUUAGCAACUUUUUCUCAGACCGCAGCAUUGGAGAUGGAGAAUACGGUUCAUGAGGUGGAGAGUCAAGGUGUUCAAUCGUACAUAUUGGAUCUUAGAAACAAUCCAGUUGAAUUUCAAACUGCCUCAGGACAGAUGAUAGAUUUAAUUAUCACUAUUGAAGGAGAAAAGGAUUUGUCAAAAUACUCAUUACCACUUCACCGCCGCAUUGUUCAGUACAAGACUGCCUACUACUCAUUUUACCUUCCAGUUGCAUGCGCAUUGCUCAUGGCUGGUGAGGACCUAGACAACCAUGUAACCGUGCAAAACGUGCUUAUUGAUAUGGGAAUCUACUUUCAAGUCCAGGAUGACUACUUAGAUUGCUUCGGUGAGCCUGAAAAGAUUGGGAAGGUCAACAUGGAUUUGAAGGUUUGCGAUCGGUCAGGUGAGGCCUGAACAGCAGAUUCAAUCGUCUGUGUGUUUUGCGUUUUAUUUGUAUAUGUCUU